UAAGCGCAGGAAGGGAACUACGUCACCUUCGUUUUGAUAAAGCAUGCUGGGUAAAAUUCCUCUCUCUUUCCGGCUGGUCCCCCAUCAUUUAAGUCAACAUGGGAGCAUAUCGGUAUAUGCAGGAGUUAUGGCGCAAGAAGCAGUCCGAUGUCAUGCGCUUUCUGCUCCGCGUUCGCUGCUGGCAGUACCGUCAGCUGUCUAACCUCCAUCGGGCACCGAGACCCACCAGGCCCGACAAGGCUCGCAGACUGGGCUACAAGGCCAAGCAGGGCUAUGUCAUCUACCGUGUUCGAGUGCGUCGAGGUGGCCGUAAACGCCCCGUUCCCAAGGGGGCGACCUACGGCAAACCAGUGCACCACGGCGUGAAUCAGCUCAAGUUCGCCCGCAGUUUGCAGUCAACUGCUGAGGAGCGCGCUGGCCGUCACUGUGGGGCCCUGCGGGUACUGAGCUCCUACUGGGUGGGUGAGGACUCCACCUACAAGUUCUUUGAGGUCAUUCUGAUUGACCCCUUCCACAAGGCUAUCAGACGCAACCCAGACACCCAGUGGAUCACAAAGGCUGUGCACAAGCACAGAGAGAUGCGUGGCCUGACCUCUGCAGGAAAGAAGAGCCGUGGCCUCGGAAAGGGCCACAAGUUCCACAUGACCAUUGGAGGCUCCCGCCGUGCUGCCUGGAGGAGGCGCAACACUCUGCAGCUGCAUCGUUAUCGUUAAAACACGCCUGUACAUUACAAAUAAAGUCAGCCCUUUUUACGGUCA